AUGGAGAAAGCAAGUGCAGAAGUGAUUGAAGAUAAUAUUGAUAAUCAAAUAGAUGAAAUAAGAAACGCAGAAGAACAUUUAGAAGAUCCUAAGCCAAGGAUGGUAUUUGACUUUGUAGAUGAGGUUAUGGAAUUCUACACAAGAUAUGCAAAAGAAAAAGGUUUUGCCGUUGGAAAGCAAAAGAUCCGAUCAAGCAAUCUUGUUAAGUUGCAACUACAAUUGAAGACAAGUUGCAAGGCAAGGGUCACGGCAAAUCUAUGCACUAGUGGAAAAUGGAGGUUGAAUUUCAUUAAUCUUGACUAUAACCAUGGACUAAGUCCAAGGAAAACUCGAUUCUUCAAAUGCAAUCGGAUACUUCAAUCACAUGUCAAACGAAGGCUUGAAUUGAAUGAUAUAGCUGGCAUCAAAAUGAAUCAAAAUUUUAAUUCAUUUGUAGUUGAGGGAGAUGGACAUAAGAAGCUAACAUUUUUUGAGAAAUAUGCGAGAAACUAUCUUAAUAGAAUAAGGUGUUUACAGCUCAAGAAAGGAGAUGCUAUUGCAAUGCAAAACUACUUUCUGAAAAUGCAAUCCGACAAUUCUAACUUCUCUUCCAUGAUUGAUUUGAAUGAAGAAGGCCGAUUGAGGAAUGUAUUUUGGGCAGAUGCGAGGAGUAGAGCGGCUUGGCGUGAGUUUGGUGAUGUAGUAACAUUUGAUACAACAUAUUUGGUUAAUAAAUAUGACAUGCCAUUUGCUCUUUUUGUUGGAGUGAACCACCAUGGACAAUCGAUAUUGCUAGGAUGUGGGUUAAUCUCAAGUGAAGACACAGAGUCAUUUACAUGGCUAUUUCAAUCUUGGCUCACAUGCAUGUUUAAAAGCCUUCCGAGUGCAAUAAUCACAGAUCAAGACAAAGCUAUGCAAAAGGCUAUUGCGAAGGUUUUUCCUAAUGCACAACACAGGUGGUGCUUGUGGCACAUCAUGAAAAAGGUGCCCGAAAAAUUGAGAAAGUACAAAGAAUAUGAACCAAUCAAAUUUGAAAUGCAAAAUGUUGUUUAUAAUUCAUUGACCAAAGAAGAAUUUGAAAAAAGAUGGGAUAGGUUCAUUGAGAUGUUUGAACUUCAAAAUAAUGAGUGGUUGCUUGGUUGUAUGAAGAGAGACAUCGUCGGGUGCCAGCUUUUGUCAAAGAUAUAUUUUGGACAAGAAUGUUAA